CACAGGAUGGCGGCGGCGGUGGCGAGUGUGAGCGGCGCUGGUGGAGGGCUGGCCGGGGUGAUGGAGGAGCCUCAUGAAGCAGUUCCUGGGGGCAGUACGGAAGGAGUCACGCCCCUCAUGUACGCGUGCCAGCAAGGACGUGACCACGCCGUCAGGCAGAUCCUACAUAGGAAGCCCGGCAGUAUCCAGGAGAGAGAUAGAACAGGCAAGACCGCCCUACACUAUUGUGCUGAGAACCCCACUCUCUCCUGUAUAGACCAGGUGGUGGAGGCGGACCCGUCACUACUGAAGGCACGAGACGAGGACGGCUAUACCCCGCUACACCUGGCGACCAUUGCAGGCAACAAGGCGGUGGCUAAAUACCUGCUCACUAAGGGCGCCGACGUGAAGGCCCUUGACAACGAGAAGCACACCGUCGUCCAUUGGGCUACCGUGUGUGGUGAGGUGGAGUUACUCGACCUGCUUGAUGAGGCGGAGGCUGACCCCAGCACACCCGACAUCCAUGGUGCACCACUCCACUACGCUGCCCAGAUGUGUGGGCCCAACAGUGAGAUGGGCAACGACGUGCGGGUGGGCUCGGUGCUGGGGAAACUUCUGCAGCUGGCGUUGACGUCUCCACACUGACACGACGGUCGUCAGCCCCUUCUCUGGGCCGCCAGUGCCGGCAGCUCUGAUGCCAUCCUUGCCCUCAUCAACGCCGGUGCCUCCGUCAGCGCCGAAGACAAGGACGGCCUAACAGCACUACACUGUGCCGCAUCAAGAGGUCAUCUGGACUGCUUGGACUGCCUAGUGAAUUUCUGCGGUGCGGAGGUUGAUACGUUGGAUUCCAAUGGAUGUACUCCACUCUUCUACGCGGUCACAUUGGGCCACGCCGACUGCACACAGCUCUUACUACACCAUGGCGCCCACCCAGAUAAGCAGGACCGCAAGGGACGAACGCCAGCACACUGUGGAGCAGCCAAGGGGCAGCUGGAGACCUUGAAACUUCUCCAUCGUAAAGGUGCAGACCUGUGGAAGCGCAACGUCAAGGGUGACCUGCCGCUCCACGAGGCCUGUCAAUCAGGCCGCAAGGACUUGGUGCUGUGGUUGUUAUCCAUGAGACCAGACACAGUGAACGCUCCUAACCUAGAUGGCCGCUGUCCUCUACACAUAGCUGCCAUCAACAACAAUAUUGAGAUGUGCAAGAUACUCAUGGAUAAACAGGCGGCCGUCAACCCUAUCAUGAGAAACUCGCGGGGACAGUUGCUUACUCCGCUGGACGCUGCUGUGGCCAGGAGCAACAGAGGGUGUGCCAAGUAUCUCCAGCUCCAUGGUGGUGUUGCGGCCUCCAAGCUUACAGACAAACACGCACUGCAGAAGGCCAUGCAGAGGGCGCUUGAAACGAGUCAGGGGAAGGUUGGAGCCACGGCCGGGGAGCUCACUGGUGAUGAACUCAUGAGUUCCUCAGCCUCCUCAGUCCUCAAAUCCAACAUGUCCACCAUGACAGCCUCACCAGUCAACAUUGAGGCACAAACAGACACGGGAGACGACAGAGAGAAGCUCCAACAGAGAGAUGCCCAGACCGGAACUUCAGAGGUCAACAUCCGGAAGUUGGUGCUGGAAGAAGAAGCAGAGGAGUUAGCCAAGAAGAAGACGGAGGAGGAUAGGAUAGCAGAGGAGGAAGAGAAGACCACAGCAGAGGGGGAGGAGGUCAAGGAAGAGGGAGAAGAGAUCAAAGAAGAGGGAGAAGAGAUCAAAGAAAAGGGUGAAGAGAUCAAAGGAGAGGAGGUUGAGGAAGAAGGAAAGGAGGUCAAGGAAGAAGGAAAGGAGGUCAAGGAAGAAGGAAAGGAGGUCGAGGAAGAAGGAAAGGAGGUCGAGGAAGACAGGCAGGAGGUUGGUGUAAAUGGAGAGAAUGAUGAUGAAGACAGAGAGAGUAAGGAAGUGGACGAAGAAGGCAAAGAGAUCGAAACAGAAGGAAUGGAAGCAGUUAAGAGGAGACAAUCUGUGAAGAAAGAGGAAUCCCAGAUGGAAGGGAAAGAAGCAGCACGUAGUAGGAAAGAGUCAAUAAGUGGAGAGGAAACAGAGAAAGGAAAAAGUAGUAGUAGUACAAGAAGAAGAAGAAGCAGCUCACCGAAGGAAGGAGAAUCAGAAGAAGGCAUGAGUGAGAAAGAAGGAACAAGUGCCAAUGCCGAUAGAAGAGGAACAAAAAAAAGGGAUGAUAAAAGUGGCAAUAAGGGGAAAAAGGGGAAAGGAAGUAAGAAAGGUGCCAAUAGACGAAAAGGCCCUGUGAAGAAGAAAUCCCAAGGCAGUAUGAGCGAAGGAGGAGAAGGAGGUGACAAUGCUACCACCGGGGAAGAUGUGUAUAGCAACGAUGACACAGAUGGCACAGAAACAUCAAAAACAACUGGGAGAAAGAAUAAGAAAGGCAGAGAGGCAUCAAAGAAAACCAGUAGAGAGGAAGAAGAAGAAGAAGGGGAUGAAGACAUAGCAGAGGCAUUGGGAGUGAAGAAAGAAGCAGAGGCAAGUGAGAGUGGAGAUGUGCAGGAUGAGAUAACAGAUGGUAAGACUGAUGGAAGCAAAGGUGCCAACAGCUUUGAUAUGAAGAGUGAUGAAGAGGAAGGGGAAGAGACACAGGAGAAUAGCCAAGAGAAUGAGGAAGGUGUAGACGAUGGAGAGGAAGAGGAAGCAGGCGAGGAGAAUGAUGAAGAUGGUGAGGAGAAUGAUGAAGAUGGUAAUAACAGAUCGAAGAGUAAAUCGCCAACAGCAAGAAGCAAAAAAGUCGAGGGAGGAAAGGUUGGUGCGAGUAAAAGAAAAUCGAAAAGUAAAUCUAAUCAGGGUACGAAAAACGGCAGCAAAUUAGAUGAUAAUAAAGUGAAAACUAAUGUAAAGAAGGGUAAGAAAAAACCUAGAAAAGUUGGUGUAGGCAAGAAAGAGGAGACAGGGCAGGACAUCCAUGUCAGCCCUGGGGAGGAAGGCAGUGGAGGUUCUGAAGACAAGACUGCCUCCAGUGACACUUACAGAUCACAAUCCUCUAUGGAAGAGAACCAACAUGGCACCUCCAGAACUAGAAACAAAAAAAAACUAUCAGAAAGUGGAGAAACAGGUGACAAUGCUGAUAAAGAAGAUGAUGGUGAUGAUGGUCAAGGAGAGGGUAUUGGAGAAGAGACUGAAGUAAAUGGAGAAGAGGGAAGUGAACAAGAAGAAAGUGAAGAUGAAAGUGGUGACAAAGAACCAUCAGACAGUAAUGAAGGGGGUGAGGGAGAAGGUGAGGAGCACCAGGAGGUAAAGGGUCAGGAAGUGGAAACCAUUCAGUUACCCAUCAGGGCUACUGGCUCACGAGUCCGUCCAAAGUCAGCCAUCCGUCCAGGGAUCCUCAACUCGAAGACAGGAGGUAGGAAGCCCAAGGGAGGUGCCAACAGGAAAUCCAAACAAGCUAAUGGUAAUACUCGAGCCAUGAACGACAGGCGCAAUGGACAAAGACGAAACUUAACUCGCCGUGUGAGUAUCUCUGAGGACCUGCCACAUGUGGGUGAUUACCAACACGAGGAUGAGGACGAGGAGGAGGAGGAGAAGGGUGGUGAAGGGCCUCGCAUGUCCACAGCAGAAGAGCGGACUCAUGAGAUGCUGCUGGAGUCUAGCGGGCGCAACCUCCUGAUGGUGGACGCCGCUCCACCUCGGCUGUCCUCGCCGAGCUCGACCCACGGCAGAGACACCGGCGAUUCAGGCUACAAGGAGUCAGGCUACAGCGAUGCUCAAGGGGUCGAGCGUGACUCCGACGUGGAUGGACCAACAGAUCCUGAGCGUCACACCGAGGACGAGGAUACCCAACACAGCUCCAGGAGGAAGACAAGGAUGAAGAAAAAGAGGAGCAAGCAGCGAGAGGAGAGACAAGGUGGCGCUGCCUUGUCCGAAGAUGGAGAGGGACGUGGAGGAGGACAGGCUGAGGGAAGGGAAGGUGAAGGUGAUGACGAUGCCGACGGUGAUGUGGAAGAUGAUGACGAUGGCAGAGGAUCCCGCAGAAGACGUGAUGGCAAGAACUGGCAAGAGGAUGCUGGAGGAGGACGUGGAAGUAGAGAAGGAGGUCGAGGUCGUGCUGGUAGAGGCAACAAGGGAAGAAUUGGCAGUCAAGGAGGAGGAGGAGGUAACAAAGGAGGUGACGACGAUGAUUUCUCCGUAGUUCCUGAAGGAGAGCUUGAUAAUUACUAUGAUGACGAAGAUGCAGACGAAGAUGCCCUCCAGAAACUUGGGGUAGUCGGCAGCACCCACAGGCGACCCGGGGUCAGAAGAGGUCAGGUCAGGAAUGGUGCCAUGAGCGGAGGACCCAGGAAGGUAGAGAAUAUGGAAUCGAACCUCAAGCGUCGGCCACGUAAGGCAGCAUCUCCCUCCACGGAGGUGUCCAUCACCCAGGCCAUGCAGAACACCAUGCGGAAGUACGCCCUUGAGCGACGCCUCUUCCAACAACUGCUGGAUUUAAAGCGCAUACAGAUUCGCAACACCCGAGCCAAUGAGCACGUCAUGAUCAAGAGGAUGGUGGAGACCUUCCAGAAAGAGGGAAACCUGCUGGGUCUACGAGGCUAUGGCGGCCCCUACAACUUCAACAGCUACGAGAAGUAUCUGUAUGACCAACUAAGGUUCCUUCAGAGCUCACAGGGGGUAAAGAUCCCAGCCUUCAGACCAACAGACGACGUGGAGCGGCUGAGCAGAGCGAUACGCCGGGCGGAGAGAAGAGAACUGCCAGAGCCACUGAUGACGCCCCGUGAUGCCAGCGUCUGCAACCACACCACCCACCGCUGUCACCACGCUGCCCAUGCCUAUACUGGGGUCCCCUGUGCUGCCUAUAUUGGCUACCGAACCAAGAGGCGAUCAGGGAGCAACAACAUUAACAACAACAACAACAAGCAGGUGUCGCUCCCUAGGAUAGCCGGAACGACCAACACCACCAAUGGAAGCGGGUCGUCCUUAGGGGGUUCUCCAGGGCCGCCCUUAGACAAUGCAGGGAACUGGGGCAAGCCAGGGGAACCCGUGGGCCUCAGGAACUACGACCCGAAGAAGCCGCUCACCGUAGAGCUACAGCACGGGCAGGCGAGGCAGCAGAUCAUCCUGCCCACAGAUAUCCUCGAUAAGAACAAGAAGUAUCACCUCACCUUCAGUAUCAAGCCGACCACCCCCGUCCCAGCGCCGUCACAGUCCCCAACGAAGGAAGAGGUGGUGGAAGAGGAGGCGGUGGUGGUGCCUCCUGAACGUUCCGCCUCUGCCCCUGAAACUAUUGAACCCGAGACACUCAUCCCUGAAGCCAGGCAGGAGCUCCACUCUGCCCCGGCGGAGAGUAGAACCGAAGCCUGAACCUCACCAGAGAAAUUGGAUCCCUCGACAAGAACACUACAGUAUACUUAUCUUUGGCAAUACCAAAGCCUGGAACCGUUAACAAGGAAGCUGCAAAUGUCACCCAUCACUGGAAGAAUCUCACCAAGUAGGUUCCAACUAUGGCCUAAAACACAUGUAAGGAAUUAUCUCAGCCUCAAUAGAAACUCACUUGUCACCAAGGCCAAUAAAAUUGGAACCCCAUAAGGAAUUCUACUCAUCACAGAUGAAGAAGAUUGAUACCUAAAGUUCCUAAACCUUAACAAAGAAGCCCAAAGAGACCCAAACUACAACUAUGUCAGGAAUGCUGUUAAAUACUAAAAGAUAAGAAGUCUCAAGUUCCUUCAAGAAACCCCAAAGUGAUGCCUCACAUCUAGUAAGGAGAAACACUAUGCAGAAACAAUAUAAAGAAGGAGAGACUUUCCCUUUAAUAUAUCUCAACUUCCACACCACCUCUCAAAAGCUUACAGUGUGCCACCAUAUUAGGUUGACCGGAUAUGAUUUUUGGGUGUACCGUGUCAAAUUCAUCAAUUACAGGUGCCUCCUCUGCCCUACCAUACAGUUGUAGGAAGACGGUAAGGUACAGUCCAGUCAUCGACUUUCGUGGAAUUUUGGUAGUAGUUGUACGUACACCACGGCUCACACGAUAAAUUGUAGGUCAUCAUAAUGUAUCAAGUUAAAGAAGUUCUUCAAGAUUUAAAUAUCAAACUCAAAAUAUUAUGUCUUUCUCUUAGCAAUAAACUUGUGGUACUGAAAAGAGAAUGGUGGUUCCCUGAAAAUAUAAAUGACACCAUCCUCGAGCAAUUCAGAAAGACUUAGUACUCUUGUUGUUGUGGACUGUGGAUGCUAAUAGUCAGGCCUAACCCCCACAAAAAAAAAUGUGUGAUUUUGAAUUCCAGUUCAAAAAAGCACAAAGUUAUGAAAGUGCUGAUUUAGAGUUUAUGUUGUCUCAAAUGUUUUGUGUGAGCCAGACAAAUGUGAAAGUUUUAUCUCCUAUUUAUAAAAAAAGAUGCAGGAAAAAACUGUGUUAUCUUGAGUGAACCUUCACACAGAACAAGACAAACAUCCAACAGUGUGUCUUCUGACUGUGAUCUUAGAGGGGAAUAUUGACAUUAAAUCUGGAAGAAUGAAACCGAUGCUCAUCAUGUUAUCUUGCUGUAUGUUGUAUAUAUAGUUGACCUUUAUUUUCACUAUAAUGACACAAAAACUAUAAACUUCCCCAAGGAUAUAUCACAAAAUAAUAAUUCAUUUGUCAUUGUAUUUAUGUCAUUCAUUAAUAAACUUAAUCGUGUAACUAUGUAAUAUUACCAUUCGCCAAUCUCGUUGUAAUAUCAUAGAAAAGAUUAAUUAUAUUAUAUAGUUUUUGUCAACUGAGUUUUAUCUAUCAAGACACUGGGAAUAAAGCAAUGACAGCUGUUCAUACAAUAUCUGGGUAGAGUUGGGUGCCUGUAUAUCUGGAUAGUUAUGAACUGUAUAUCUAUGUUCACUUUAUGUCCUCUAAGUCCAUGCCAUGUCUCAUAUCCUUACACCACACCCAAAAUUAUCCUGAUUCAUCUUUUUUAUUCCUCACUGACAUCCAUCAUUGCCAAAGAAACAUUUAAUCUCAGUGGUCUUCAAAAAGCCUUUAGAAUCUUCAUACUUUAUCUCCCAUCUUGUUAGGAACGUUUAAGCAUCACCAACAAAACUCUUCAAGUAUUUCCGGCAAUCUGUAGACACCAGAAUGUGACAAAUUAAAGGGCUACCUCAUUCUGCUUGAGUUAUCUCUUCAAGAUGGCCCUUCAUGUACAGGUACAGGGUAUAGAAAACAAUAAUUGUCAUCUAUUACAGAACAGUGAUAGAGAAGCAUACAGGUCUAUAUAUGCGGUAUUUGCCGAGUGAUCUACAUUGGUUAACGAACGUAUGAUUGUCUGUGAAAGGUUUAUGCGAGUGGAAGUUAUCAAUACUAAUGUUCUUAACAUGACAGAAAUAACGAAAUAUCGGGUGUUGUAUCAGUACCAGCGAGAUAAACGUUGCUACAUAAACAGAAACACCUCCCCACUUCCCCCACCAAAUGGACAGAAGUUAUGCUAGAGGUGUCUGUUUCAGAGGUUAAUUAUAUACUUGUAAGGUAACUAUGUCUCUAUGUGGGUAAGACUUAGCUCCCUCUGGGUAAGAGUAUCCUCCUUGGGUUAAGUUUUCCCAGGGUCAAGGAACACCACCCCGAGUGUCGUAUCAACGAAGACUGACUGACACUCUCUCUCAAGAAGCAUCAACUGGGCUUUGCUGUAUGUGGUCUCAUGUUCGUGUUUGUAUCUGGCUCCUCUGACCUCUACUAAAUAUAAAGAAUGUGAAUAUAAAUAAAUAUAUGUACGUAUAUAUAAAGUUCUGAUACAA